GCGAUUUCAUAAGAGACCAAAAGACUGCUUACAUCGAUUAUAGUCAUAUUUUCUUUCGGUGAUUGAUUUUCUCACGGUGUUCGGUUCCUGGCGGAAUAGUCGCCGGUUUUCGGCUAUGAAAUUCGGUUAUCGAGAGUGGAUUUUGUUGGAAACAGGACAGAAACUUGUUGAUACUCAUCAGUUGUGGGAAUUAUUAAAACAAUGUGCCUGAAAAUGAUAAUAGAGUGAUUAUCUAUUGAAUAAAAUGAAAGUGAUUCGAAACAGAUUCGAUCCAGGAUAAAUCUUUAGAGAAUUUCGAAAAUCCGGUCAAGCAAGGAGUUCAGGCUGAAGGAGUGAAACUAAGGGGCCAUAGUCGAAGAUAAAACAUAUCAAAAUAUAUUAACCAAAGCUUCGCCUUACACUAUUUUUCGAAAUUGUCGCUUAAAAGUCGUCUACAGCUUUACAUAUAUUAUAUCUGCAAAAAUAUAUCUAUCUACAAACUUAUGUUGUACAUACUAUUUUCAUAAAUAUACAUCUCCAUCUUCAUCUCAAAUCUUCGACCUGGACUGUCGAUAUUCAAAAAAUGCUUUUCAAAAAAAUUUCGAGGAUCAAGUAUAGAAGAGAGUAUAGCUUUACAAAUUCUUUGAGCGGUGAUAAAAUUUUGGGAGAACAGAGUGGGAAGAGAGGCGUGCUAUGUUCUACAAUCUCCGGAAUACCAGUAACUGUGAGAAAUUCUCUCAAGUAUUGCUCUCGAAGGGUGGCCCAAAAAUUGAGACCAAAUUGCACUAAAAAUAAUAAGGUUUUGUCUGUGCAAGUUUGACGCAUAAUGAACAAUUCUGGAGUCUUUCUCACUGUAUGAGCACAGCUGCUGCAGCAGGUAUGCAAGCCGCCCUACUCAUACGAGAGAAACAGCGCCUUCGACGUAAAAAAUUCCGAAGAGGACGUUCGGAUUUGCCCAGUCACGUAGCUACUAGGGAAAUUCUACCCUUUCCACGGUUUCCACCUUUGUGCUCUCAAGGUCGAGCAGCAUGGCAAGAAAGGGAACGAGGAAGGCGCUGUUCACUCUCCGAGGAAGCGCGGCAACACCGCAUCAAGCAGACAGAAGCUCAUCACCGAUGGAUGAAAAGAAACAGGAUCCACGAUUCCAGCUAUGGAGGAGGUUCAGAUGAUGAAGAUUUCUUCGCCGUGUAUCACCAGAGCGCAGCUGCCAACGCCCUCCUCUACGUAGGCCUGGGAACGACAGCCAUAGGCAGUGUAAUCUUCUUCGUAGGGACAGGGGAAAAAGGUUUCAAAACUCUUGAACUUAGACUAAUAGGACCUACCCUCAUAGCAUGCGGCCUAUUGUGUUGCCUAAUACGUGUUUUGCUGUGCGCGGUACCUUCGACAUGUUUCAGAAAACGGAAAAAGACACGGUUGAAAAGCAACUCCUGUCCUCACAACUCGAGUAGAUAUCCUCUUGCACCGAAAUUUCGCGAUACGCACGAUUCGGAAUUCGUUCACGUCGAUAAGACGACCCUUUUGAAUAAGAGCAAGAAAAAGGUGUCGAUAGUACCGCCGAAUCACUCUCUGCCAAGUACCAGCACGUCGGAGUUCAAGGAACUUCACCAAAUGCCAGCCAAGAUGUCUAUUCCCGAGAUCCAGUUACCGAGCAGUUUCAGUGAAGAGGUGAACAAAUUAUCUCGCGACGAGUCCAUAAUCGAGCUGCAGGCUUUAGACUUAACUUACGAUAUACAGAGUGUUUCGAGUAACGAUAGUGAUAGUAUUACGGUAAUAGAGGCAGAACAACCUAGUUCCAAGCUGACAAAAACUAGGGAGGCAGCUAAUGUCCAUAACGACAAUAUCGAAACUUGUUUGAGUGUGGUUAUAGAAAGAAAUGAGAACAGUGAAAGUAGUGACGGGGAGAAGAAAAACAAUAAGAGUAGUGAUAAACAGACGCACAGCGGUAUUGUACUUAGUCCUUUACAGUUGGGACAAUAACUCAUUGUUGUAUAUUAGUAAUGUAGGUUCCAGUUCUGAUGAAUAAUAAUAUAAUUAUCUGGAAUUCCUAUAAGAAUAAUCAUAUAUUAUUCUCAUAGGAAGGUUCGUCUCAAGGUAACAAUAUCGUGUUUCUUCAAAACCUUUUUAGUACCUACUUCAAAUUGAGUUUGGAUUUGUUUCAUUCACUCGAUCAGUGUGAACUCUUUUUUUCGCUCUUUAUGCAAUUAAUGAAUCUCACGAAAUUAGCCAGCAUCUUGCUCUGUUCAUUACAUUAUUCAUAAAUAUCAUGAAGAAGGAGAACUCUUGAAUAAUUAUCUUCACAUAUUGAAUACACAAGAAAGUAGACAGGUUUUAUCCUAGAGGAAAAGGAGAUACCUAAGUCAAAAUAAUAAAAAAUCAAAACGAAUUAACAGUUUAUGAAAAUAAU